AGUCGGCGCUGCUCCCAGAACGGUGUGGCAGAGGCAGAGAGAGAGAGGGAGAGGGAGAGAGAUCUGGUGGGCAGCGAGUGAGCGGCCACUGGAAUACGGCGUUGGAAAGCCGGUUGUGGGGGUCGGGGAUCCACAACAUGGAUAUGCGGGCGCUCCUGUUCUUGUACCUACCGCUGGCGCUGGCUGUGGAAGAGACCCUGAUGGAUUCAAGAUGGGCGACAGCAGAGCUGGGGUGGACCGCAUACCCAGAGACAGGGUGGGAAGAGGUGAGCGGCUACGACGACGGCAUGAAUCCCAUCCGCACGUACCAGGUCUGCAACGUCAUGGAGGCGAACCAGAACAACUGGCUCCGGACAACUUACAUCGAGCGCAACGAUGUGCAGAGGGUGUACGUGGAGAUGAAGUUCACGGUGCGGGACUGUAACAGUAUACCGAAUAUCCCGGGGUCCUGCAAGGAGACUUUUAAUUUAUUCUACUACGAGUCCGACACGGAUUCGGCGACUGCCACGGCCCCGUUUUGGAUGGAGAACCCGUACGUGAAGGUGGACACCAUCGCCCCGGACGAGAGCUUUUCCAAGCUGGAGUCCGGCAGGGUCAACACCAAGAUCAAGAGCUUUGGGCCCUUGUCCAAGAGUGGAUUCUACCUGGCCUUCCAGGACCUGGGCUCGUGCAUGUCCAUCAUUUCGCUGCGCGUCGUCUACAAGAAGUGCCCGUCGGUCAUCGCCAACUUUGCCGUCUUCCCCGAGACGGUGACGGGAGCGGAGCCGACGUCCCUGGUCAUCGCUCCGGGCACCUGCCUCAAUAACGCCAACGAGGUCUCGGUGCCCCUGAAGCUCUAUUGCAAUGGGGACGGGGAGUGGAUGGUCCCUGUCGGGGCCUGCACAUGCUCUGCUGGCUUCCAGCCUGUGGACAAGGACGCCGCUUGCCAAGCGUGUCGCCAGGGGACGUUUAAGUCGCGGCAGGGUGAGGAACCCUGUUCGCUGUGUCCGUCGAACAGCCGCAUCAGUUCUGAGGGAGCGACCUUCUGUCCGUGCAAGACUGGCUUCUAUCGGGCGGACAGCGAUCAGCCGGAGAUGGGCUGUACUGGAGUGCCGUCGGCAGUGCGGAGCGUCAUCUCCAGUGUGAACGAGACGUCGUUGAGCCUGGAGUGGAGCGAGCCGCGGGACACGGGUGGCCGGGACGACCUGCUCUACAACAUCAUCUGCAAGAAGUGCAGCGCGGAGGGCAGGCAGUGCUCGCGGUGCGACGACAACGUGGAGUUUGUCCCGCGGCAGCUGGGUCUGACCGAGCGGCGGGUGUUCAUCAGCAACCUCCUGGCCCACACCCGCUACACCUUCGAGAUCCAGGCGGUCAACGGGGUAUCCAGCAAGAACUCCCUCCUCCCGCACUUCACAGCCGUCAACAUCACGACCAACCAGGCCGCUCCGUCUCCGGUUCUGAUGGUGCAUCAGCUGAGUGCCACAUCCGACAGCCUGACCCUGUCCUGGCUGGCUCCGGACAAACCCAACGGCAUCAUCCUGGAUUACGAGCUGAAAUACCGCGAGAAGGACCAAGAUGAGUCCACAGCCUCGACAAUAACCAGUCAGAAAAACACCAUCCGUAUAGACGGGCUGAAGCCGACUGCGUUUUAUGGAGUGCAGGUGCGGGCCAGGACCGUGGCUGGAUAUGGGAAAUACAGCGAGACGACAGAUUUCCAGACCUUAAUGGAAAGUGAGAAUGUGAAGAGCAUCCAAGAACAACUGCCGCUGAUUGUCGGUUCGGCCACGGCUGGGCUGGUGUUCAUCGUAGCUGUGCUGAUUGUUGCUUUUGUUUGUCUCAGGAGACGUGGAAGCGGCUCAGAGUCAGAGUAUACGGAAAAGCUCCAGCAGUAUAGCACUGGCCACAUCACACCAGGGAUGAAGGUCUACAUCGACCCGUUCACCUACGAAGAUCCGAACGAAGCGGUCAGAGAGUUUGCGAAGGAGAUCGACGUGUCGUGCGUGAAGAUCGAAGAAGUGAUCGGAGCAGGUGAAUUUGGGGAAGUGUGCCGGGGUCGCCUGAAGCUGCCGGGACGGAGGGAGAUAUUUGUGGCUAUAAAGACCCUCAAGGCCGGUUAUACUGAACGCCAACGAAGGGACUUCUUAAGCGAAGCCAGCAUCAUGGGACAGUUUGACCACCCCAACAUCAUCCACUUGGAAGGGGUGGUGACCAAGAGCCGGCCAGUCAUGAUUGUCACAGAGUUCAUGGAGAACGGCGCCUUGGAUUCAUUCCUCAGGAUGAACGACGGGCAGUUCACGGUCAUCCAGCUGGUGGGCAUGCUGAGGGGCAUCGCGGCGGGCAUGAAGUACUUGUCAGAAAUGAACUACGUGCACCGGGACCUGGCGGCACGCAACAUCCUGGUCAACAGCAACUUGGUGUGCAAGGUGUCCGACUUUGGCUUGUCCAGGUUCCUGGAGGACGAUGCCGCCGACCCCACCUACACCAGCUCACUGGGUGGCAAAAUCCCAAUCCGAUGGACAGCCCCUGAAGCGAUCGCCUACCGCAAGUUCACCUCAGCGAGUGACGUGUGGAGCUACGGGAUUGUUAUGUGGGAGGUGAUGUCGUACGGAGAGAGACCCUACUGGGAUAUGUCCAACCAAGACGUAAUCAAUGCUGUGGAACAAGACUACCGCUUGCCCCCGCCCAUGGACUGUCCGACUGCCCUCCAUCAGUUGAUGCUGGACUGUUGGGUGAAAGAUCGCAACAACAGGCCCAAGUUUGCCCUGAUUGUGAACACACUGGACAAACUGAUCCGCAAUGCCGCCAGCCUGAAGAUAGUCUCCAUGGCAAACCCAGGCCCUUCCCAGCCACUAUUGGACCGCAUUGUGCCUGACUACACCACGUUCUCCACAGUAGGAGACUGGCUAGAUGCAAUUAAAAUGGGUCGGUACAAGGAGAAUUUUAUUAAUGCUGGGUUCACAUCCUUCGAUCUGGUUGCUCAGAUAACGGCAGAAGACCUGCUGAGGAUAGGCGUGACCUUGGCUGGCCACCAGAAGAAGAUUCUGGGCAGCAUUCAGGACAUGAGGCUACAGAUGAACCAGACCCUUCCAGUGCAAGUCUGACGGCAGAAGAACUCGUGGAACUGAUUAAGUUUGAAGUCAAAUAGAAUAAUAGUGUGCAGUGCCUGGUUCCCCGAUUGUUCCUGACAUACGGAGCACCUCAAACUAUUGUUUCAAGUCGACUCUCGGAAUAAGGAUAAUUGUAGCAUGAACGAAAAAAUGUCUGCAAGGUUUCCAUGGAGGAACACAGUCUGAAAAUAGUUAUCAUGUUUUAUUUUUUGGGGGCUGUCGGAUUGUUUCAUGGAAUCUUCCUCCUUUGCACCAAACCUGUGACUUUGAUAAAGGGCGAUUAGCGUUGCAAGUAUCGCCUGUAAAGUCUUCAUAUUGAAGAUGGAAUAUUUAAGUCGACGUGUGAGCACACCACAUGGGAUAUUGAAUCAACGAUUUGCUGUUCAGCUUGCGUUUUGCUUUCCUUCCAAGUACCACUUGCAAAGGUAAUAAUAAUAAUAAAGAGAUGGAACGAUGCUGUGUAUACCCGCGUGGCGACCCUAUAGCCACUUCCCGAGCUUACCCUUAAUUCUCACUUUGCAAUAAAGCCAGAUUGGAAUUGCUGGCGAUGAAUGCCUUCAAGGUGUGCUUGCACCUUUAGGUCUAACGUGACCUACCCUUCACAACUUGUGUGGCGCUUGGACAAUGGAUACCGGCAUCAAGAUAAUGACACCUUACGAUGGAAACGAAAGUGUGCAGGCCUAGUUAUUAUGCAUAUAAGAUUUCACUUGGUUUUCCCAGGUGCUCCUAUAAUUUAUGGUUGCUCUUUGAGUAAACAGCUUACUGGAUGUGCUGGGCAGAGAGGCAAGCGAAAGGACAAAAACCGUGCCAAGAAACAGCUCUGGCAAGGUUCAGUCAAGAACACCUGGGCGAAACAAUAACGCAACAGCAGUAUGGGUGAGAAGACAGUCAAAGAGAGUCAACGAGUUUGAUCGAUUUGGAAAUGUUGCCAAAUGUCCGGGAUGGAAUUUUUCUUCCGUGCUCCACGGUUGGGAUUAACUUCGCUUCCAUCCAAAUCUGUGAAGCCGCCAAGCUGUGAGCGGGAAAGAGCGGAGCAGCGGUUUUGUUUGAAGGGUGCAAAGUAGACACACUAAGCCACCAAAAUGAUUGGGGACUUGGAGGCGUGAGAGCUGCCAUGGAAAGGAAGUGACUGCACAUGACUGAAAAAAGAAACCUUCGUGGCCAUCUGUUGCAUCAAGUGCUGUUACAUUUUGUUGUCAUUGCCAAAAGACAGGGAACUUUAUUUUUUCUAAGGACUAGAUUGAAAACCUUUGUAAACGGCGAGAGUGCCGAGGCAGUAACGGUGAAAUGAAAAACAAAAACAAAAAUAUGGAAAGGCAAUAAGCAUUUUUAAUUGAGUUAAUAUUGCAGUAACUCAUCCUUCGUUCAGCUGCAAAACGUCUCUGGCCACGGAAAUACGUGCAAGGGGUUGUACAUUUGUACAUGUGAUCAGAUAUUUUCCUUUGUUAAUGUGUGGGCUUCAAACAGUAAAUACAGACUAUAUU